AUGUCCUCCGACUCGCUCGCGGUCCCCAUCCAGUCGACCCUCGCGGGAGGCUACUUCCACCCCCUCCUGCGGUCGCUGCAGGCCGAGCGACACCUCACGAAGGACAUGCUCAUGUACCCGAUUUUCAUCACGGACGAGCCGGACGCGGUGGUCGAGAUUAAGUCGCUCCCCGGCCAAAAACGCUGGGGCAUCAACAAACUCCAUUCCUUCCUCGCCCCUCUCGUCGCCAAAGGACUGCGCUCCGUCAUCCUCUUCGGCGUCCCCCUGCACAUGCAGAAAGACUCUCGGGGGUCUCCAGCCGACGACCCUAGUACGCCCGUCAUCCUCGCGACCCAGUUGAUCCGACGCGAGUUCCCCGGCGUGGUCGUGGCGUGCGAUGUGUGCUUGUGCGAGUACACGGACCACGGUCAUUGUGGCGAGUUGUGCGACGUCUCGACCCUUACCGAAGCCGAACAAGCCGCGCAGGCGAAAGUGAUCGACAACGGCAAGAGCGUCAAGCGGAUGCGAGAAGUCGCUCUCGCCUACGCCCGCGCCGGAGCGCAGAUCGUCGCCCCGAGUGACAUGAUGGAUGGACGCAUCGGAGCGAUCAAGCAGGCUCUCGUGGACAAUGGGUUCGGGAACAGGUGCAGCGUCAUGUCGUACUCGGCAAAGUUUGCGAGCGGGAUGUAUGGGCCGUUCAGGGAAGCGGCGGGCUCGGUGCCCAACUUUGGCGACCGGAAAUGCUACCAACUCCCGCCGAACGCGCGCGGCCUCGCCCGGCGAGCCAUCCUCCGCGACGUCUCGGAAGGCGCCGACUUCCUCAUGGUCAAGCCGGCGAUGCCCUACCUGGACAUCAUGCGGGAAGCGCGCGAGCUCGCGCCGAGCCACCCGCUGGCGUGCUAUCAGGUCUCGGGCGAGUUUGCCAUGUUGCAUGCGGGUGCGAACGCGGGGGUUUACGAGUUGAAGGCGAUGGCGUUUGAGAGCGUCGAGGGGUUCUUGAGGGCUGGCUGCACACUCGUCCUGACGUACUUUACGCCCGACUUUCUCGACUGGCUCGACGAGGACAAGCAGUAG